CAACUUCACAGCCGCUCACCACCUCCUUCUUCCCUUCCUCCCUUUCUUCCGCGGACGUUGCGCCGCCGCAUCUCCCUCUUACUCUUCCAUGCCCACCGUUCACAGCCUGCUGUCCCCGCCAUCAUGAUCGAGAUCUACGCCGCCGCCUGGCUCCGCGACGUCCAGAUUGGCUCCGUCCGCGUUCUCAUCAGCAACGUCCAGAUCGACGUCCAGAUCGUCGCGCUCCAGAUCCGCCGCCCCUCCGAUCCGCCCAUCGACAACACCAUGCGCUCCAUGCCGCUCUACACCAUCUCUCUGCCUCCGGCGUCGGCUUCAACGACCUCCUCGACGCCAAGGACACCGCCGAGGGUGCAAAGAAUCUCGAGGAGAAGACCGCCAAUGCUAGUAGUACCAAUUCCUAUUGGUACGCUACCACUACUCACUGGUACGUACCAGUGGCUCCCCUACCGCUACUCACUGGUACCACUAUCAUCUGGUACCACUAUCAUAUGAUACCACUAUCAUCUGUUUUUUUGUGUUAUUCUCUACUGGUACCGCUACCAGUGCUAGUGGUACGAUGUAAUAUGGUAGUGGUAGCGUUGUACUGGUAGCGUACCACUAGUACUGGUACAUUUUUUAACGCACUGGUAGCGUACCACUAGUACUGGUACAUUUUUUAACGCACUGGUAUAUUAAUUACCAGUAGACUAAUGGAUUGGUACACUUUUUAACGCACUGAUACAUUUUUUUCAGAUUGCCGGAGGGAGUCUGCCGGAGAGAAUUCGCCGGAGAAAAAGUUUGUCCGUCGAUGCAGAGUGGCCGCUGGAGAAAGGAAGAGAGAGAGAGAGAUAGAUAGAGAUAUUAAUGUAUAGGAUUUAAAUUUAAAAAAAAUUGUAUUUAAUAUGGGUUUUUAAUUCCCAAGCUAAUUAAUACAAAAAAGGUAAUUAAUAUAUUCCUUUUUUCAUACCCAAAAUACCCUUGGUUGUGAAUCUGACAACCCCUUAGGGGUUGUCACCGUAUCUCGUCCCCACAAAGAAACAACAAUCCAAAUCACCAUCCAAUAACACAUAAAUAAAUGAUACAUAUAAUGUCACUAGUUUUUUACCCGCCCGUUGGGCGGUGUAUUUUGUUUGGUUGUUUUAUAAUUCGUUAUAGUACUCUAAUUGUUAUUAUUAUUAUUUAUGUUUGCUAAGGUAAUAUACAUGGAAUUGUAAAUCCCACUUACCUUAUUUCAGGUAUUAUUUCAUACUUUUAUACCUUUUGUUUAUUUAUGAACAUUUUAAUUUUAUUAACUGAGCUCUUUGUAGACAGUUCUUUAUUGAUUUAGAAUUUUUUUUAUCGAACUCGCCCUUUAAGAUUAUAAACAUAAGAGAUUAUUCAUUCUUUAGCACAGAAUUGUGAUAAAGAAGUUAAAAAACUUACGGCCACAAAAGAAGAAGUUAGAAUAAGAAAUUGUGCUUCAAUUAAUAAAAAAAAUAAGCGAAGAGCUUUUUAUUUUCUCUCCCUUCUCAUGUCAGUAUAUGAUAAUUACACAUACAAUUUUGGAAUAAUGAGGAAACUCAUUAGCAUCCACGUCCAUCAAUCUUCCACGUACUUGUUUAAUUACCUUGAAAUGUUCUAACAAAACCUACCACAAACAAAACUAUCAGCUGUCACUAACUUAUUAAAGCAAUAUUUUUAGCAAAUUAAACUGCAUAUAAUUAAACAUAAUUUAUAUUUUGUAGAGAGCUACAUAUCUCCUUGCAGAAAAGAAUUGUGCUUUAUUACAUAAUAACAACAUAGACAAAUAAUGAAAGGAGCAGUCUUCAAUACAACUCAGCUCAUUUUAUCAUUCAGAUUCCUCAUUUGUGAACUGAAUAUAUGCAUCAAUCCAAAUAGUAGUUUGUAAAAAAACAAUCAUGUCAAAAUCAAUCUUUAGUUAGGGAUUCAAUGCAGAAAAAUUCACCUUAAUGAAACAAACAAAUGUCACCGCAAACAUGUAGAAAUUAAAAAAUCAUCGAAAUAGACAACCAAGAAACCACCAUUAUCAUUUUCUUUCUUCUUCGCGACAUUUAUAAAACCCCAAUUAUGUUCCCUUCUACUUAUAACCCCUUUGCUACCUACUAAUUACUAACCAGAUCAUCAUUGUAUAGCUAGCUAGUAGUAGCAUGUCAAUCAUGAACAUAAAAUAUAAUAAACAAUCAUCACAACUCUACUUUCCAUUUCAACAUUCAAGAAAUCGGGUUGCAAUAGGCAUUCAAGAAAAAUGAUCAAUUAUUCAACUAAAGGAGGCAUGCCCUAAGUCUAACCAAUUAACUCUUCUAAUUAUAUUUUAUAUACAUGAAAGUAUAUGGCGACCCUUCUCAGUACAAAAACAAAGAAGAAAUAUAUUCACUCAUCGAGAGCGGGAAAAUUUACCAUCCAGCAGUCGUAAUUUGGAAGAAAUUAAGAAAAGAAUGGGAAAAAG